AUUUCAUAAUCUAUCCGUCCUUGUCUUUUGUCUUAAUUCACGUCGACAGACAGGCAGAAGUUUUUACAUAAUUCAACCAAGAACGAAAAAUUCAGUGCUUAAAUCAUGUCACUGACUCAAGUUGUUCGUAGCUGUAGCCGUGGCUUCAAUGUUGCUGCAAAUACUGUCCGUGCUAAUGGUCGGCGUAUUGCUCCAGCAAUUGUUCCUGCCAUUCGCAAAAUGCAUAUGAAUCCUGCACCGGCGAUUUGCACUAAGAUCAAUCAACAAAAGGUACAGAUCCAAAGAUCAUUUGCUUCAAAAAUUACAAAAGAAGACAUUCGCGAACGUGUCCUUAAAGUUGUAGCUGCCUAUGAUAAAGACAGAAGGAGUCUGUGGCAGUUGCAAUCGAUACGCUUAUAUUCGGAUGUACCACCACUAUCACUCAAAUUAAUCAAACAACGGGUUCUAUUGGUGUUGAACUUGUACGAUAAGGUUGAUCCUAAAAAGCUCUCAGUUGACUCACAUUUCAUCACCGAUCUUGGUCUUGAUUCAUUGGACCAUGUAGAAGUCAUCAUGGCAAUGGAAGACGAGUUCGGUUUUGAAAUUCCCGAUGGUGAUGCCGAAAAGCUAUUGAGGCCUGCCGAUAUCAUUCGAUAUGUUGCCGAUAAGGAAGAUGUUUAUGAAUAAAUAUAAAACAAAAAAAAGUGUAAUAAAUUAAUUAAAAACGAAAAAUAAAAUAACUUUAAAACAACAUGUUGAGCAAAAAUACCAAAACAAAAAUAUGAAAUAUUAAUUAAGAAAUUUAAAAGAAAAAUGUUGAUGGCUUUUAAAAAACAAACUGCCUGUAUUUGUUUUGUUCUUUUCAUUUGCCAUAGAUAAUUCCUUCAAAGCCUCUAAAGAAUGUUGAAUGACACGAUUAUGUAAAAAUAGGCACAUGAUUCAAUAAACAUCUGAAGACAAAACAAA